AAAUACAUCUCACCAAACAAAAUGACUCACUCGCAGGUUUAAACAAUAAAGCGUAAAAACAAUUAAUUACCCAAUUUCGUACCGCCCAUAAAAACAGAGCAAUGGGUUUAUUUGGCAAGACCCCCAGCAAAGAUCCCAAGGAACAGGUUCAAGAAUGGACACACAAGAUACGAAAAGAGGGCAAUCAGCUUGACCGGCAGAUUCGUAGCAUUCAACGCGAAGAGGAGAAGGUAAAGCGGUCCCUUAAGCAAGCGGCGCAGAAAAGCGACCGUGACACCUGUGUUAUUUUGGCUAAAGAAAUUGUAAAUGCUCGCAAGGCCAUUAAUCGCAUUUACACCUCCAAAGCGCAUCUGAACUCGAUACAAAUGCAGAUGAAAAAUCAGCUAUCGACUCUGCGUGUGGCAGGGUCAUUACAGAAAUCCACCGAGGUGAUGCAGGCAAUGCAGAGUCUAGUGCGUUACCCUGAGCUGGCUGGUAUCAUGCGUGACAUGUCGAAGGAAAUGAUGAAGGCGGGCAUAAUUGAGGAAAUGCUAGACGAAACAAUGGACUCGCUCGAAGAGUCUGAGGAGCUGGAGGAGGAGGCAGCCAAAGAGGUUGACAAAGUGCUGUGGGAAAUCACAGACGGUAAACUGGGUGAGGCUCCGCUGCCUCCAGAAGCCACACCAGUAGACAAGACACCUGCCAAGGCUGCCCCAGUGGAGGAAGAGGACGACGACGAAGGCGAAGAGUUGCAGGAGAUGCAGAGCCGACUAGCCUCUUUACGUUCAUAGGUAAAUAGAACAGUAGGAGUCUCUUCAUACUUAAAUUUACGUUCGAGUCUGAAAAUUGAGCUUGUGAUUGUAACCAUAAUGCAGAGCACCGAUUUUACCCCAAAAUUUAACAAUUGUUCAUGAAUUACACACCCAAACAACCCUAAAAA